AUGGGGCGCAUGUACGGCAACGGCAAGGGCAUGAGCGCCCCCGCCCCCCCCUUCCGCAGAAGGCCCCCCAGCUGGCUGCGGGUGAAGCCCCAGGAGGUGGAGGACCACAUAGUGAAGUUGGCGAGGAAGGGGCAAACUCCCUCUCAGAUCGGCGUCACCCUCAGAGACCAAUUUGGAAUUCCCCAAGUCAAAAGUGUCACUGGCAGCAAAAUCCUGCGCAUCCUCAAGAAGCAAGGUAAACCCUAA